AUGGUUGAUUUAGAUUGGAAAGCCAAGAUGAUCUCCUCUGACAUACCCAGUAAAUCCCCAAAGCUCUCCAACAAGCUCCACGUUUCGAUACCCGGUUCGUUUCGCGCCGCACAAGUCCAAACUGAUAUUUCGGAGGCUUCCGAAAUGGCUUGCUCCACUUACGAGCACUACCUUCGCCUCCCGGAGCUCCGAAACCUCUGGAACUCCAACGACUUCCCGUGCUGGAGAAACGAGUCCGUUCUAAAACCGGCCUUGCAAGCUCUCGAAAUUUCGUUCCGGUUCAUCUCCACCGUUUUGUCCGACCCGAGACCGUACUCGAACCGGCGCGAAUGGAAGCGCCGGCUGGAGUCGCUCACCACCAGCCAGAUACAACUCAUCGCGAUGCUGAUCGAGGACGACGAAGAAGACAGCGAGACACGUGGAGCCGCUCCCAUCGUCGAUCUGAGCACGUCGUACGGCGAGCUCGCUCGGAACGGGAGCUUAGCCGAGGUGUGGAGUUCGGGUGAGACGACGCUGGUGAGCCGCACCAGCGAGGCCAGCUUGCUUCCGCGGCUCGCCACGUGGCAGAAAUCCGAAGGCAUGGCGCAGAAGAUCUUGUACUCGAUCGAAUGCGAGAUGAGGAGCUGUCCGUACACGCUAGGUUUGGGAGAGCCGAACCUAGCCGGAAAGCCGAACCUGGAUUACGACGCCGUUUGCAGGCCGAGCGAGCUGCAUUCGCUGAAGAAGAGCCCGUACGACAACAUCGACAACUACGAGAACCAGACGGUGUACACCACGCACCAGGUCCUCGAGUCGUGGGUGUUCGUCUGCCAGGAGCUUCUCAAGCGCGUCACGAGCCGAAUCGAGGUGAGAGACUUCGAAAAAGCCGCCAGUGACUGUUACCUGAUCGAACGGAUAUGGAAGCUUCUGGCGGAGAUCGAAGAUCUCCACCUUCUGAUGGACCCGGACGAUUUUCUGAGGCUGAAGAACCAGCUCAGCAUCAAGACGGUGGACGAUACGGAGUCGUUUUGCUUCAGAUCGAAGGGGCUGGUGGACGUGACGAAGCUUUGUAAGGAGUUGAGGCACAGGGUGCCGUACAUCUUGGAUGUUGAGGUGGACCCCAAGGGUGGGCCCAGGAUUCAGGAGGCGGCGAUGAGGUUGUAUUCGGAGAAGAAGAUCGGGUCGGAUUCGGACUCGGAGAAGAUCCACGUGCUGCAGGCGCUUCAGGCGAUUGAGUCGGCGCUGAAGCGGUUCUACUACGCGUACAAACAGGUGCUGGUGGUUUUGAUGGGUAGCUUGGAAGCGAAGGGGAACCGAGUCGUGGUGAGUACGGAGAUAUGUGACUCACUGAGUCAGAUAUUCUUGGAGCCGACUUAUUUUCCGAGUUUGGACGCGGCAAAGACGUUUUUGGGCGACAGUUUGAAUCACGAACAUGGAGGAGGAGGAGUCAGACGGAGUCGGAGGAAGCAGUGA